UCUGCCAUUUGGCGUUUUUUGCAAAUGUGUAAUUUAAUUGGUCUACAGUGAUUUGAUUGUUAUAGGGCCUUUUAAGCCUUGCUUCGCCAUAAAACUCCAGAAGAAGAAGCAGCAGCAAUGGUGGGGUGCAGACAAGAAGCUCCUUGCAGACACAGGCCCUAGGCCUAGUGCAUUUGCUCCAUUUGUACAAUUAUGUUCCGGCCUUGUUAAAGCACAAGUCUCCAAUUCAAACCUUGACUCUGCUAUGAACUCCUUCAGCAAGACACUUACCAGUCAGCCACAAUUCCCCAUCUGCAAAAAUACUGCUCUUCCUUGUGUGUAUGUGAGCAAGAGAACCAUCUUUCCGCACUUUGUUCUUUCUCACAGCCACCCAGGGAAACCCAGCUGUGGACCAGCGGCAGGAUCUCAGCUUUUGACGAUAAUCCAGCCUCAAUGCAGCCAAACAGGAGACGUAAAAUAGAGUGGGACAGCUCGUCUACUGGCUCACUUGCCAAAUACUGCAAACUCACUAAAGAAGGGCUGCCACAUCAUUCCCAUAACAGUAGUUUUGCUAGCAAGGCAGCUGCAUUCGGAAAGGUUCAAACCUUGUACUCCCCAGUGUCGUCUUAUAAAGAGUUUUCCAGAACAUCGUUCACUGCAGAGGAUUCUUCCUCUGAUGAGUGUGAAACAGAUGAUGGAAUCAACCGUGUGGUUAGAGAGAGCCCAGAUCAUUCCCUUUCAAGUAAAGUCUGCCUUGUAAAACAUCCCACCUGUGAUAUGUCUAAAGAAAAUGUGACAUCUCAAGAAUCCUUGAAACAAAAGAUUAAACAAGAUGGCUGCAGUGAUGCAGGCCCAAGCAUCACAGCAAGUACAGAAGGAAAAGGUGCCUCAAAGGAAGCAAAUGCUGAAUGUGGCCAGAGGAGAGUGAAGGACCAGGACCAGGGAUCUCGAGUAAUAUACCGCAAGGCUCUGCUCGGUAUAAUUGGGCAAGCAUUACAAGCUAGAAGAGAGGUGGCAUCUCCAAAUGGAAUUCAUAAAGAAAGCCCUCAUAGAAAAGAGGCAUCUGGAUCAGCUGGCAACCCGAGACAUCUCUCGAUAGAAUCAAAACUUGGAGAACAGCAACGUGGAAAAGAUUCAAAUUGUCUGAAAACUAUAGAAAAAGAGCAAAUCAAUAUAUCUAUCAGGCAGGACAGAAAAGAAUCUCAUCAGUCAUCUGGCAGCUCAAGAUGUGUGUCUGUAGUUUCAAGGUCAGAAAGAGACAAAGUAUUUAAACAGGAGUCCAACUUGCAGGAAGCUGCUACAAAAGAAGAAAAUAAAAGCUCUAGACAAAGUGGAAAAGAAGCUUCCAGACCAGGGGGCAGUUCAAGGCAUAUUCAUGCAUUAAGCAGAUUGGAAGAUGAAUCAGAAGUUAAACAGGAGUCCACCUUUCAGACAGCUCCUGCAAAAAAUGAAAAUAAAACCUCUGGGUGUAGUGGAAAAGAGGCUUCCAGACUAGUGGGCAGCUCAAGGCGUAUUCAUACAUUAAGAAGAUUGGAAGAUGAAUCAAAAGUUAAACAGGAGUCCACCUUUCAGAAAGCUCUUGCAAAAGAUGAAAAUAAAACCUCUGGGAGUAGUGGAAAAGAGGCUUCCAGACCAGUGGGCAACUCAAGGCAUAUGUCUGCAUUAUCACGAUUUGAAAAUGAACCAGAACUUACACAGGAGCCUAAUGGCAAAACAUUUACAGAGGACAUCAAUAUUUCUGUUGGACAAAGUAAAAAAAAACUUUGCAGAGAGUCUUGCAGAUCAGAUGACAAUUUUAAAAGCAAGUCUAACCUUUCACAAAUUGGAGAUGAAAAACAUAAACAAGAGUUCACCAAACAGCCAAGUAAAAGCGAUGAAGACAAUGCUUGUGCCAGUCUAUGUAAAAAGGAAUCUGAGAGACCAGAAAACCAGUUGAGAUGUGUCUCUGACAUUUCAGGGUAUAAAGAUGAAGAAUUGUUCAAGCAGGUUUGCAGUAGUCAGAAAUCUACUACAAAAGAAGCAAGUACUUGCACAAAGCAGAAGACUGUGCCAAAAGAAAAAUACAUUGCCUCCAGUUCAUGUGAGACACAGAGUGGUGCUAAAAAGGAGUUUGUGAAUUUCGAGAGGACAGUUAUUGUUGAAUCUUCUCCAAAACUUGUGUUUGUAGAUGAACCCAAUUCAGCAGUGAAUGAGAAGUUUAUAGAGCAAAAAAGAGAGUUGUCAGUUGAAAGUGAUUGGUCUGACAUGGAGGAUGAAGAACCCCUGGCUACUUUCUCCCAGGAGGAUUCUGUCCCAAACCCUGAUACAUCAGAAAGAGCUGAGACUUCAGUGUUGGCAACAGAGUUGGUGAUGUAUCCGCCUCAUCUGUACAGUCGCAGGAUGAGUGAAUACACAAAGUAUUGGACUAGCAGCCCCAAGCCAACAGAUUGUCCUCCUUUUUCAUGUUCCUCUGAAGAGGCUUCAUAUGCCAACCAUCUUUGUGAUAUUUCUUUAGAUAUCUCAGCUGGUUCCCCAUCAAAUAUAUCAAGGGAUAAAGAACCUUGCAUGCAUCGUAGACCACAGUCACAUGGUUCUCAGUUGGUCUGUGAGGAGAAAAACAGACGAAGGAGUAUGGAAGUAGCAUCCUGCGUUCCUAUCUUCUCCACAUCGCGCAAGUCGGACUCUUUUGUUAAUCAUUCUGUAAACCAGGAUUUGCCUGGUGACCUACCUAAAUAUUUAGAAGAAGGGUUUAUUGACACCCACUGCCAUCUGGAUAUGUUAUAUUCAAAGAUAGCUUUCAGGGGCACUUUUUCAAAGUUUAGAAAGACUUAUGACAGUACCUUUCCUAAAGAAUUUCAAGGCUGUAUAGCUGACUUUUGUGACCCUUGUACCUUGAACAACAACUUAUGGGAAGAUUUAUUAAAGGAAGACAUGGUUUGGGGGGCAUUUGGUUGUCAUCCACACUUUGCACGUUACUACACGGACCUUCAUGAAAGAAGUCUCUUAGAGGCAAUGAGGCACCCCAAAGCUAUUGCCUUUGGAGAAAUGGGGCUGGAUUAUUCUUAUAAAUGUAGUACUGAAGUCCCGAAACAGCAUAAGGUAUUUGAAAGGCAACUGAAUCUAGCUGUUUCCUUAAGGAAGCCAUUGGUAAUUCACUGCAGAGAUGCUGAUGAUGACCUGUUGGAAAUCAUGAAAAAAUGUGUACCAAAAGACUACAAAAUACACAGGCAUUGCUUUACUGGCAGAUACAGUGCCAUAGAACCAUUACUGGACUAUUUUCCAAAUCUUACUGUUGGAUUCACAGCAUUGCUGACAUAUCCAUCAGCCAAUGAGGCUAGAGAGUCAGUUCGGAAAAUCCCUUUAAGCAGAAUAGUUGUAGAAACAGAUGCACCAUAUUUCCUCCCUAGGCAGGUUCCCAAAAGUGUAUGCCAGUAUUCACAUCCAGGAGUAGCUCUGCACACAGUGAAAGAGAUUGCCCGCCUCAAGGAAGUGCCAUUGUCUGUCAUGUUAUCCAUUCUGAGGCAAAACACCAACAGAAUAUAUGAAUUGUAGGGAGAUGCAAAGGAGUGUGGGGAAACAGCUGAUGAGGGAAUCCUCCUGUAUAUAAUUUUUAAUGUAAAUAUAGAUUUGGGGCUUGUACAUUAAUAUUGACCAGCUUGGAUAUUGUGACAUCUGGAAGCUUGGAAAAUAGUAACAAGUGCUUAAUUGAACCACAGUCCUUUAAAAGUUCACACCUUUUUCUGAUUCCCCUCCCCCGUUGUUGCCUGCCAUUUAAGGUGCCUUAGUGUUGAUUUUAUUCAUAAGAGUGGCUUUCUUUUUUAAUUGCUAAUCCUCGUCUGCAGCAAAGAACAAAUUGUUAACAUUUUAAUUUUUAUUUGUAUUUUAUUGUGUCCCAAUUGAGAUAUUACUGAGCAUUUUUAGAAGGUCAGCUUCCACCAUAAAGGAGAAACCCAGGUAUCAUUUAGUACAGGGGUAGUCAAUGCUUUUGCUGGACUUCAACUUCCAUGAGACCCAGCCAGCAUGGCGAAUGGCCAGGAAUGAUGGGAGUUGUGCCUCUUGGCUACCCCUGGUUUAAUAAGUAGAGGCUUGGCCUAGAAAAAUAAAGUGCUCUUAACUAUCAAUGCUAUCUGAUAAUUUGUAUUGGAGCAUCAGUGUUCUUUAUUAAAAAUCUUUAAUUUGGUGUAGAGUGAAUGUAUAGAAGUAUCCUCAGAGAAGUAAUGAAGUGCAUUUCCUGUAUAUGAUAGUACAUUUUUUCAGUAUGUAUUGGCACAAAGGAUCAUCUAAAAAGGAUGGCUGUAAAGUAUAAACUAUAUGGCAAGUACUUGUUUUUAAACUGAGCUGAAUUUGCAUAAUAAUUUACAGAUACUGUGAGGAGUUGGUAAUGACAUACUGUGAAACCUUCUCUAGUUCAACCUUCUCCAACCUGAUGCACUCCAGAUGUUGAUGGACAUCAUCUGUGACUAUGCUAGCUGGGGCCGAUGGGGGUUGGAGUUCCAAAUAUCUGGAGGACACUUGGUUGGGAAAGAUGAUUCUAGCUGUACUGUGUUGUCAUGAAAAAAUCCAAACACAUGCAGUGUAAUUAAACAAAACAAGGGAGUUAAAUUGGUUCUUAAGGUCAUUUCAUGGGAAACCAUGACUUUUAUUUUAUUUUUUUCAAUUAGACGACUUUUAACCUCUGCAAUGAUUUUCUUUUUAAUAAGGAAAGGUGAUUCCAUGUUUCUAUAAUGUUCUGUUAUGUAUUUUUUGGACUUUAAAUAGCUUAUUUGUAAAUAAAUAUUUUUAUAUAAAUAUUCAUACAUGUUGAUUAUAUAAUUGACUCUUAUCAUUGAGGCAAAAAAAUAAAAUUUUGUCGGUAACAUUGAAAGCAAACAUUGUAGUUCUCUAUUCCUUUGCCUUUAAGUCAACAAUGUGGCUUCAUGUUGUAUGCAAAGGUUCUUCUGUAGAUACUUCUAUUUGUGUUAUUAAAAGUGUUCCCCAAAGUUUGUGAAAAAAGCCUCUUAAGUACCCUUAUCUUCCACACACCUGUGAGAUGUAUGUAUGUUUAUAUGCAGGAAUAACAAUAAAACCAUGCGCUUCGC